AUGCCGCCGUCCGCCUCCACAGCUGCCAGUGGCUCCUUCCAAUGCCACAAGAAGCUCGCCAACGCCGAGGACAACAGCAUCUACGAAACGUCUUUGGAACACAGCGUCGACGGUAGCCUUCCACACGGGUGCAUCACACGGACGGCACACACACUCGACUGCAUGUGGAAGCCCAUAUCGACCGUGCGGGCUCGAGCGGAAGCACCAGGUUCGCGAGCAAGCUCGGCGUUUACUCCUCUCCCCGUUCAUCCCAUCAUCAUGAAACACCCCAUCAUGUUCACGCCGUGCAUCGGCCACACCCGCGUCAUCGCGCACCUCCAAUUAUUCCCACAGGACCACCUUUACCCGUGCAAGUGGACGUACCACAACAACCGCCAACAGACCCCGCAGUGGACGGCCCACCACCUCCCCCCCGUUACGUCCGCUACAUGA